GAUGGCCACCUGCCCCUUGGUGAUGCACGCGACAAAAGAACGACCAAGACACUGCUGAAUGAGCGACAAUUUAAAUCCGAGCCGUUAGCUGGAGAAACCCAACCUCCAUGCAAAAAGAAAACCUUCAUCCCAGUCUGUUCUUUGGGCUGCUAGGCCCCAAAAAUCAGUAACUUUGCGCUCGAUGAUAUAGUAAACAUGAGCGCGUCAAAGAUGGCUACUCAGGAGAGCGCUCCAACUAUUCGCGACGCCCUGCUGUUGGCGAACGGGGAUGCCGACCCCACGUCCAUUCAACCGAUAAUUGAUAUCCUGUGUCAGCAGGGAUGGGAAGUUGAUAAGGAAAAGGCUGGCAAGCUCUUCUCUGAGCUGGACCCCUCUUCGUCGGCGUACGCGUCGCUCAAUGGUCGGCAGCAGACUGUGCUGAAGGUGGCCAUUAAAGGUGCCAAAGCUGGCUUCGCGACGAACGCGACAACACCCGCAUGCACCGUGCCGCCGGCCCAGAGCUCCGUCAUGCCACCGCCGGCCCAGAGCUCUGCCCUGCCACCGGAGGACCAGCCCGCGGUGCUAACGAAGGAGCAGCUGGAGCAGACUCUGGAGCAGACUCUGGAGGUGCUCGACACGAAGAUGCUGGCGGCUAUGCAGGGCAUGCUGGCUCAGCGCAACCAAACGGACUGGUCUGUGCUGCGACACCGGUGGACGGCCCUGACAACGGCAGUUCCCCCGGGAAAGAAGGUGUUGUGACUGGUUGCGGCGCCGUGCAUCGCCGCACUGCUCGCGUGGGCCUGGUGGCUCGUUUGGUGGCUUGGAGCAGCGGCUGUGGCGGUAACUGGGAUGUGGCUCCUGGGCAUGCGGUACUGGCGCCGCGGCUUGGACACCGUCACAAUUGCAUGCGCGGCAGCGUGGGGCCACAUGUCAUUGCCGUGGGCUGACGGCGUCCCCGGGCCGCGCGGGCUUUUCAUGGCGGUCGUAGGCUCGGCUCAGGCUGCCUUGCGGGUGCCACUGUGGUUCCUCGUGUGGGCUCCGUUGACGACCUUCGUCGGCACAGUGGCCCUCCAUGGCGAUCGCUGGCCGCUGGUUGUGACGGCCCUCAUCUUUUCCGGCCAGGUGGUGCUGGCGGCGUGGCAUGGCGCGCCGCCUCCAGCAGACGCAUGUGCCAACCUGAUGUGGCUGACUGCCGACAUAAAGGCCCACCGUCCUCAGUCAUUCCGCCGUCCUCAGUCGACGUACUUACAGCUGGAGGAAUCGUUUGCAAAGUUGUCGGAAAAGCAAGUAGAGUUUGUACGUGAAGCAAAGGGACUCAGUCAUACUGCUGUCGUUUCAAAUGAAGACAAAAAUAGGAUCAACAGUACGUAUGAACGCCUGUGGAAGGUUAAGUGGGAAGUAGAGCAGAAGGAGGCAUGCUGGAGACUGGUGGCUGGCGGCUUCUCGGGCUUCUCGAUGCAUAGGGGGCAGCAACGCAAAUGCCCAUGUGGAGCAACUAUGCGGACAGACAGAGAGGUGUGUCCGCGUCCCGGCUCCCGAGGACGGUUCACUUCUGAUGGGGGGGGUGUAAGCGGUAGGGUGCGCUACAUGCCCGUUACACACGAGGGAAUGCACACCCGGAGGGUGCCAGACACGCGUGUAGGUUUCACACGGCGUAGUGUCCUAUGCACGAGUCACACAGCGUUUAUCAACGCUACACCUUCAGAGCCUUACAAAUAUUCUUACACGGCGUAAACAAACGCCACCU